ACACCUUUGAGCAGCUGUGCAUCAACUUCACAAAUGAAAAACUGCAACAGUUUUUCAACCACCACAUGUUUGUGCUGGAGCAGGAAGAGUACAAGAAAGAGGGCAUUGAAUGGACUUUCAUAGAUUUUGGCAUGGACUUGCAGGCCUGCAUUGACCUGAUUGAAAAGCCCAUGGGUAUCAUGUCCAUCCUUGAAGAGGAGUGCAUGUUCCCCAAAGCCUCUGAUGCAACCUUUAAAGCUAAGCUCUAUGACAACCACCUGGGCAAAUCAAAUAACUUCCAGAAGCCCAGAAUUGUCAAAGGAAAACCAGAGGCCCAUUUUGCCCUGAUGCAUUAUGCUGGAACUGUUGAUUAUAAUAUCAACAACUGGCUGGUAAAGAACAAGGAUCCUCUGAAUGAGACUGUGGUUGGACUC